AUGUCCGCAGCCCUCAAAACUCUCCCGGUCUACCUGCUCGCGUCCGUUGUUCUUCUCGGCUCCUUCUCCCGCCUCACGCAUGGCGUGUAUACCCCGACAUGGUACGCGUUCCAGGAGUACCACUUGCCGGACGACGGCUCGGUGGCCGCGACCGUGACGUCCGCUGUUGACGCCCUCGUGGGCUUGACGCUCCUUUUUGGGACGCGUGCGCUCAAGCUCCUCGCCGCGGGGGCCAGCCUGUUGUUCUUCACGGCCGGACUGGCCAUGCAGGCCCAGGCGGGGAAACUAUACCACGCCGAUGUGGCCCUGGUUGUGCUGGCGGCGGCGGCGGUUGUGAGGCUGCUUUCGCGAUAG